CAAAAUUCACAAAAAUGAAACAGGGGUGUAUUCUUCUACUUUUCCAUUCCCCUUCAAAAAUGAAAUUGAAUUCUUGAAAAAAAUAAUAGUAAAAUAUAAAAAUUUCCUUGUUACUUUCAUCCAACUUCCCAAUUCACACAACCACUUCAUAGGUGGUUUCAUUUUGUUCACACCCAAACAGAUACAUUCAUAGCUACUCGGAAUUUUCCCAUUCGUAAUCAACCAACGAAGACUCACUUCAACUUCUUCAACUUCCUCUCAGUCUCUCUUUUAUAAAUUUAUUAUUCAUUUACACCACCACCACCAAAAACCCAAGAAUUCACCCCAAAAAAUUUAUAAAAAAAAAAAAAAAAGAGAGACGGAGGGAGAAAAGCUGUAGCAGUUUAACAAUGGAAUCGUACGGACGACAAGUGGUCCUGAUAACGGGUUGCUCGGAGGGUGGGAUAGGGCACUCGCUGGCACGAGCUUUCGCGGCGGAAGACUGUAUGGUGGUGGCGACGAGCAGAUCUCUGACAUCCAUGGCGGAUCUUCAGGGCGAUCCCAGCUUCCUCCUUCAAGAACUCGAUGUGACCUCGGAGGAGAGCGUUCAUCACGUGCUCUCUCACGUGCUUGAGAUGUACGGCCGGGUCGAUGUGCUGGUCAACAAUGCUGGGGUCCAGGGCAUUGGUCCUCUCGCCGAAGUCCCUCUCCUUGCUAUGCACCACGCUUUCGAUACCAAUGUUUUCGGUACCAUGAGAUUGAUUCAAGCUGUUGUUCCUCACAUGGUAUCGCGGGGAAGGGGAAAGAUUGUAAAUGUUGGAAGUGUUACUGUUUUGUCACCUGGACCUUGGUGUGGUGCUUACACGGCAUCAAAAGCUGCUAUCCACUCACUAACUGAUACUUUAAGAUUGGAACUCAGACCUUUUGGGAUCGAUGUCAUCAAUGUUGUACCUGGAGCUGUUAGGUCAAACAUAGGAAACUCUGCCCUAAGAGGUUUCAAUCAGAUGCCUCCAUUGAAACUAUACAAGGAUUUUGAGCCAGCUAUUCGUGAGAGAGCCAAUUUUUCUCAACAAGGUAAGUCAACCCCUUCAGAAGAGUUUGCAAAAAAGACGGUAGCUGCAGUUCUGAAGAAGAAUCCACCGGCAUGGUUCUCUUCUGCCUACUUCUCCACCAUUAUGGCAAUCAUGUAUCAUCUGCCAAUCUCCAUUAGAGAUUUUGUCAUGAGGAGAGCAAUGAAAUGUUAAGUUCCCUAUAUGUAUCACGUUUGUAUAAUUUUGUAGAAUGUUGUUAUUUUGGCAGGAUCAUCUUUUCAUGCAAGCAUGAAGAUGCCUGAAGUUUUUGAACCAAAAAUAUAAAUAAUGAAGAUGCCUAAGUUAAAAGAGUGUAGAGCUUUUUUCCUUUUCCAUUUUUUCUCCUGCCCAUUGUAUUCGUGUUAGUAAAGAGUCUUUUUAAAUAAAUGUAACAUCUAACUCUUCUUCUACAACUACAAAAUUACUAGUUACAAAAUCAUAAUGUAAAUGCCCAUUUAUUUAUG